AGACAUGCCAUCACACACCUUUACAGUAAAUACAGAUGAAUACCGGCCAGCCGAGUGGGGAGAAGACUCAGAGGAUUUCUGUGUAAAGGUGCCCCGAACCAGCAGAGAAAACCAGCAACUAAAGUAUGGCCACGUGGAAGAUGACAAUGUAGACAUAGCGUAUCUAGAUUUUCCAUUACUUCGUGCCAGUCUUAUAUUCACUUUUAUUUCGGUUACAGCAUUUGUUGCGGCGGUGCUCGCAGCCCUACCUACAAACUACACACCUCUGCUAGAUGAAGAACUGGUGGAUAAUUCAAUCAUUAUUUGGUACGGCGCUAAAGUUUAUCGGUGUAGGACCUUUUUCACAUACCCAAAAGAUGGCCUACUUUCAAUUCUGAAUCUUUUGGAAUUAAAUGUUUGGGGCAAUGUGAUAUUCCGACUUGCCACAUGCCUAACAAUUGCUGUUCGAUUUUUUCAGAGCAUUGUGUUCAGAAAUCUUCUUAUCAAUGGUUUUUGGCGGGAAGUACCAAAUCCAAUGUUUCGGUGGCUUUGUGACUUGCUGCCAAUGUUGACUUUAAUUGAGACCACCGCGUUAGCCAUGUUUAGCAUUAUCACAAUGCACAGUGAUUUUAAAGAAAUAAACCAUUUCUGCAAAUCCACCUUCGCAAUUGUAUCAGUUGUCAACAUGUGUAUCCCCACAAUUUUCCAUUUUGUUUUAUCAAUUAACAGUUCAAAGAAAGCCGAAGCAAGUAUUGUAUUUGUGCGUGCAGUUUGUGCAGUUGUCUUCGGUUACUGUGCUCCACAGUAUUUCCAGUUCCAUAUUGGAUGGACCAAGGAGUCGUUGUGCCAUUCUUACAUUCCCCGCCACUUUGCCAUCAUGGAGUACAGCCUGUUCUUGGCCUAUAUCACAUUCCAUCUCCUUUCGCUUUUGGAUCUACACCACCUUCAAUUCAUCUGCUAUCCACGUUCUUGUAGUGGAGAAUGUGAGCCGCUGGCUCCAGUCAACUUUGAAAAGGGAGAAAAGUAUGAGCAUUGCCGAGCAUUCGAAUACAACCAAUGGAGGCUCAAGAACACUUAUAAAUAAUUGACUGUUUUGAACAGACUCAUGUCUUUUUCUUUUCACUGAUGGUAUCUCACUGGUUGCGCCAACUAAAUAACCACACAUCUCAUCUCAUUUCACUUGUAAAUUAAUUUGAAAAUUUGUCCGAAAAAAACGUAGUAUCGUCAAUUUUUGAAUUGAUAUUUUGUUUGCCAAUGACUUUUCUUGAAACUGUGUAGUAAUAAAUUAAUUUUCUGAAUAUU